GCAGCGAUAACAAAAUUCGAUUCUUCUUUCAAUCCCCUCUCCUCUGCUUCGUCAAACCUCUGAUCGAACCUCUCUAGGGUUUUCGAUCUUCUCGUGAGGGGUUUUGGCUUAAUUUCGGAGAUUUUUUCCGAUCUUAUGUCUUCCUCUGGCGCUCUUCCUGCGGCGGAUCUGGACUGGUUACGGGCGCGCUGUUCGGAUCCGCCUCCCCCGCCGGCGAUCGACCACUUCGACCAGCUUCCGGAUUCGGUGCUUCUUUUGAUCUUCAAUCUGGUCGGCGACAUCAAGCAGUUGGGGCGGUGCUGCGUCGUGUCGCGCCGGUUCCACGCCGUGGUCCCCCUCGUGGACGACGUCGUCGUCCGGGUUGACUGCGUCAUCUCCGACGACCCCUGCCCCUCGCCCGAUGCCGUCGUGUGCCAGAAGCCCCGAAGCGUCAUGUCCCACCUCGCCCGUCUCUUCCUCGGUGGUCUCGUCAAGCCGCUCCAGGCCCUUGGGCAGAUCCUCUCCCCCGCGUCUGCAUCUGCCUCCAGGGCGUCGUCACAUUCGUCCUCCUCUUCCUCGCCGCCGUCACCCGACGUCGCCCACCACUCGCCGAGCGAGGUGUUGAAGAACUUCAGGGAAAUCCGGCGACUCCGUAUCGAGCUUCCUGACGGUGAGCUUGGUAAAAAUGGCGGCGUCCUCUUGAAGUGGAGAGCCGAGUUCGGAUCCACCAUCCGUAGCUGCGCCAUUCUCGGCGCCACCUCCAUGGCCUCUUCAUCCUCCAACUCCCUCAAAUCCACAAACCUCAAUCUCAAUCCCAGCUCUGACGACGCUUAUGAAGGCGAUGACUAUGAGAGCAUUCCAGAGUCAUUCUACACCAACGGAAGCUUGAAGCGGAGGGUGGUGUGGACUAUUAGUUCGUUGAUUGCUGCAUCGGCACGGCAUUAUCUUCUCCAUCCCAUUGUGGUCGACCAUGAACCUUUGGAGUCCUUGAUUUUGACCGAUGCUGACAGGCAGGGGGUGCUGACCAUGGACCGGAAGCAGCUGCAAGAACUAAGGCUAAACCCACUGGUGGCAUCCGGGAGCUCACAGCGUACCCUUUUGCCUGCACUAAGCAUGCGUCUAUGGUAUGCGCACGAGCUCGAGUUGUCCUGUGGGUUGGUGCUGAAGGGUGCGACCCUGUUGGCUAUCAAACCAAGCGAUGAACGGUCAAGGGAUGUGGGCAGUAGCAUCACAGUUUCCAAUGACUUCUCAGAUAGUUGCUGGAUCUCAGAAUGCUUUGAGGAGCCAUACAGAACAGCAACCAUGAUGCUCAUGAAGAGGAGGUUUUACUGCCUUGAGAUGAACUCUUUCUGAGUCUUCAAAGCCUACAAAUUUUGUGCUUUGCAGGCCUAAUGGAUGUCUCAAAUACGUGGGAAUUAAACCACAUACCGAAAUGGUCCUCAAGCGUGGGCGGCCAUUGUAUGCCUCUGUAACCUCAUGGUUAACAUGCUCCGCUCCUUGGGGCCUUUCUAUGAUCAAGUUAUAGGAUGCUCUUGUGCCACUCUGCAAUCUGCGAAGCUGCUUGCAACUUUGGAAGCUGACUGGUUGAUGCCCUUCGGUUGUCUGCGACUAAUAUCGGUUGACUGCAACUAAUAUCGGCUUCUCUUCCACGAUUCCUUCGCUAUGCUUCACUAAUGUACCAUAUGAAAUUUCAUAUAUCGAUCUCACGUUGCUGUGUACUUGUCUUAGUAAGACAGCAAUUGACUGCAGUUUUAGUUUCUACUCUAUUAUUUGGCAUGUUCCAUUGGCAUUUACUGCACAUCUUGUCGUAAACUGAUGUUCCGGUCGGACUAUAUGGAACAGUUGAAACCA